AGUUCAGAAGAAAGAAACUCAUAACUUGAGGGUGAAUAAAUGCUGACAGAAUUUUAUUUUUGGGUGAACUAACGUUAUCCCUUUAAGGCAAAAAAAAGGGAAAUAUAACACGUGAGAUUUAUAGAGUUGUUUUACAUAUUUUUUUUUAUUUAUCGAUAGCCUGUUAAAUUUCCGCCUACACACAGAGAACAUAGUUUCAUACAACAUUCAAAUUAUAUCUCUUGAGUCUUGACAUUUACCCUCGGCUAGUGAUGGUCAUAUGACAGACGUGCAUAAAACGAUCACGUGAACUCGCCCACGCGAAGCAAAACCCUAAAUUUAGAGAACAGCUAUUUGAGUUCACGGUUACCAUGAACCAUGCCGUCACCAAUCCCAAUCACCCGACUAUUGCCAAAGGAUUUUGGGCUCGAGUUUGGCGCGUGCAGUAGCCCGCUGACCAAAACUGCGAGUGGAUCUACUCUGCGAGUUCCCACAAGCACGUUUCACGGUAAAAUCGCCCACAGACUGUGGUCUUCUGUGAUCCACUGGCGAGAACUGCAGGCUCUGGAGCCCAUCGGCAGCGGAGGAUUCGGCAUGGUGUUCAGAGGCACAUACUUUGGCGAGACUGUUGCUAUGAAAAAAGUGAGAUGUGUGAAAAACAAACUGGCUUCGAGGCAGAGCUUCUGGGCGGAACUCAAUGCAGCGCACUUGCACCAUCAAAACAUUGUGCGCGUGAUUGCGGCUACCACGUGCACGCCUGCGCACCUCAACACCAAAGACAACAUCGGCACGAUUGUAAUGGAGUUCGCAGGCGCCCUAAACCUACAUCAGGUCAUUUACGGACUCGCAGACCCGUUGCCUAUGAACAAGUGCGUGAAAUAUUCAAUAGACAUCGCGCGCGCGCUCCAGCACUUGCAUGCGCACGGCAUAGUCCACUUGGAUGUGAAACCUGCCAAUGUUUUAGUAUCAGAACAGGGUGUUUGUAAGCUCGCAGAUUUUGGGUGCUCUUUUAAACUGUCGAGCAAAAGCGACACCGUGACGCAUCUGAGUGAAAUCGGUGGCACGUUCACGCACCGCGCGCCCGAGCUGCUGAAAGGCGAGGAGGUUUCUACGCGCGUGGACAUUUAUUCUUUUGGCAUCACAAUGUGGCAGCUGCACCGAGAGCCGCCGUAUGAGGGGGACAGACAGUAUAUUCUGUACGCUGUUGUGGCGUAUAAUCUGCGCCCAAACAUCACUAGGGAUGUUUUUAUCCAGUCUUUUUCUGGACAGACAUGUCAAAAGCUGAUCAGCCGGUGUUGGGACGGCGACCCUAACAUCCGACCGACCGCAGAUCAGCUCGUCAGUGAACUCUCUUUGAUCUUACUGUGAAUUUGCACCACAGGUUCACAAAAUAUAUUAAUUUGAAAUGUUUUUUUUAUUAAUAUUAUUGUAAUAAUUGAUGUUUUGUAAGUUUAAUAUUGUAAAUGUUUACCUUUUUUAUUGUGAGGCAAUUAUUUUUAACAUCUAAAGAGCUUUAAUUAAAUGUUUUCUUGUUUAAAGUAAGCCUUUUGUGAUUUGUUGUAUUUCUGAAUAUAAAUGUAUGAAGUGAUAUUUGCUUCAUAUUUUAUAUUUAUAAAUAAAUGUGAGGAGGUGGA